AUGGCGAACCGCAGCGGAGACCGGCGGACGACGGGUCGUGCUUGUGCUUACGUCACGUUUCUGGCCGGCGAUGGUGACUACGUGAAAGGUGUGAUUGGUCUCGCCAAGGGCUUGAGGAAGGUGAGAGCUGCGUACCCGCUCGUCGUGGCCGUACUUCCCGACGUGCCGCCAGAGCACCGCCGUGCCCUGGUGGAACAAGGCUGCGUGGUCCGUGAGAUCCGGCGGGUUCUGCCACCGCCGCCGUCGCCGCCGACCCACGGGGACAGCUCUUUUGUUAGAGCCUAUUUUGCUGUCAAUUACUGUAAGCUUCGCCUUUGGGAGUUUGUGGAGUACAACAAAAUGAUAUACGUGGAUGCAGACAUCCAAGUGUUUGACAACAUUGACCACCUGUUUGACUUGCCGGGUGGCUACUUCUAUGGCGUCGUGGACUGCCUGUGUGAAAUGUACGACGGACCCUGUCCCCUGAAGCCCCAGUGGCCCGCGGAGCUUGGGCCCGAGCCCACUUUCUAUCUCAAUGGUGGCAUGUUCUUGUUCGAGCCCAAUGUGAAAACGUACAAUGAGCUGAUAACAACUCUGGAGAUCACACCUCGGACACCUUUUGCUGAGCAGGAUUUCCUUAACAUGUUCUUCCGAGAUGUGUCGAAGCCACUUUCUCCUAUCUACAACUGUCUUGUGGCGAUGCUGUGGAGGCACCCCAAGUGGGUUGACCUCACCAAGGUCAAGGUGGUCCACUACUGUGUGGCGGGUUCCAAGCCGUGGAGCUACACUGGGAAAGAGGAGAAUAUGGGCCGUGCGGAUGUCAAAACGCUGGUGCAAAAAUGGUGGAAAAUAUACAAUGACCAGACAUUGGAUUUCAAGCCACGCGAUGGCACUAUCGGGAACCAUAAGGCAAUGGCUUUGUAUAUAUCUGCUUCGUCUGCAGCGUAG